UGUCACAACCAGCGGAUGGUGUGGAGGCAGGACCGUCUGCGGGACCGCCAGCGUGUGGUGCACUGGGAUGUGAUCCGAAGCCGUCCGGACUAUACCGUAGAGCGCGUUAUAGACAUGUUCUCAGGAGGAUCUGAGCGCGUCUAUAAUGCUUACAACAAAGGUCGCAUCACCAUGUCCAAAGAUGCUUUCAGCAAUGGCAACUUCUCCCUGGUCAUUCACAAUGUGGGAAUGAAUGACAAGGGUAUCUAUACCUGUAACCUGCAUCACCACUACUGCAAACUUCACCAGUCCAUGCAUAUUCAGCUCAAUGUCACCAAAUCACCUCGAAAGGAGAAGCGUAUUUGGGAUGGCGAGAAGUCUGUGUUUGUGGUGUUGGUGGGGAAGUCCGUGGUUUUGCCCUGUGUGAACCGCCGACCAUUGUGGACGGAGGGGCAGCAGGCGGAAGGGCAGCAGCAAGUGGUCCACUGGGACUGGCAGGCGCCCGGAGUGUCCCGUGACCGGGCAGACCGCCUCAUCGACCUGUAUGCCUCUGGGGAGAACCGAAAAUACGGCCCGCUCUUUCUGCUCAGUAAGAUGAACAUCUCCACAGACGCCUUCUCACGUGGGGAUUUCUCUCUCACCAUCUCGGAUCUUCAGCCUUCCGACAAGGGCCUGUACUCAUGCCACCUGCACCACCACUACUGCGGCCUGCACGAGAGGCGCAUCUUUAGGGUCAUUGUGGGAUCCUCUGUGUCUACCCUGAAUCCAGUUCAGCCGCCAGUGUUUGACCCUACUGAAGCUCCACCAGACCUCUCCAACGACGACCCUAACACAAACAUGGUGGAGAGGCCACAUGUUUUAAAUGUCAUCCUUCCUGAGAAUCAAACACAUUUACUGCAUCAGAUAGGCUACAUCUUAGCCAUCCUCCUCUUACUGACUCUCAUCCUCAUUGGAAUCCUUCUGUCAACACGGCGGUGCAGAAAGAGAGGGUCUGAGUAUGAUGUGCGCAGAUGUGAACGAGGUCACAGUGCAGCCAUUGAACUGGAGUCCAGCGAACUGAGGAGCUGCCCUCAGGCAGAUGUUCGACUGGAUUACAAGAACAACAUUAUGAAGGAGAGGGCAGAGACGAACAAUUAUCCGUCCCCAAAAGUCAUUGACCUCAAUAAGGAAAUGGAGAAAAUGUCGUGGAAAUGAGAGGUUUUGUGCUGCUGGCUGGUCCAGGGCACACAGGAGUGGAGAGAGAGA